AUGCAUGGCAGGAAUGGUGAGCUGUGUGCUGUGUGCCAUGUGGCCAAUGCGGUGCACACAUGUAGCAACUGUGCUGCCAGCUGUGCAACGGAAGAGGAAGGGGCCACCGUUGCCUUCACGAUGAAUGUGACGACACAUAAAUACGCCGGCCCUUAUGAAUUGUGGCGGCGUCAAUUUCUCCCGAUGGAACCAUCCAUCCGCCUGCACGGAGCAGCGAUACUGACCAGACGGGCAUCUGUCAGUUGCCGCCACCCCGUGAAGGGAAGGAUGACACAAAAUCUGGUGGGACAACUGCGCCGCAAGUUAAUGCUGAGCCGUCACGUCAACUCGAGGAUUGGCGACAGUCUGCGGCGGCUGACGCACCCAACACCGUCGAUCCGAGUCCCGCAUCCAACACGGCGACCAACACGUCCGAGAAAAAGCUUGAGUUUGCCACCAAUUCGAGCGAAAUGA